AGUUCUUUCUUCAAAAUUGUUUGAACUGAAUUUAGAUCUUCGGGAAUAUAUGGUUCAUAUCUCCAAAUAUAUAUAUAUAUAUAUAUACAUACGCACGCAUCACUGCUUUAUAUUUCUGUUCCCUUCAAUUAAAUUUUUGGUACUCGAUAAACAUCAUGUCUCCCCACAAACAGUUUGAUCACUUACGAAUCCCGCUUGAAGAGAUAGUAUCUGCCACCGACAACUUUUCUGAUGCAAAUUUCAUCAGAUAUGAUGGAUUUGGAAAGGAGUACAAAGGACAACUCUUGCAGUCCGGUCGAUUGGUCGAUAUCGUUGCACGGAGGUUAGAUGAUAAGAAUGGAAUAGGAAUCAAAGAGUUUUGGAUGGAGGUCUCGAUGCUUUGUACACUUGAGCAUCAAAAUAUCGUCUCUAUCGUUGGGUUUUGUGACGAUGGUGAUGAUGGUGAGAAGAUCGUCAUAAACAAGCUUGAGACCCGUGGAAGUCUUUGUAACUAUUUAACAGACCCGUGCCUCACAUGGAUGCGAAGGUUGCAGAUAUGUGUCGGUGUUGCGCGGGCAUUAUAUUACAUUCAUUAUGAUGAGGGACGUGAUUUUGGCGUCAUUCAUCGCGAUAUCAAGAGUUCAAAGAUUUUACUAGAUGACAACUGGGAAGCAAAAUUAUAUGGUUUUGAACUUUCCAUGAAUCAGGCUGCGGCUGAAUGGAACUGUGUAUCUUAUAAUAAAGUUUGUGGCACACCCGGAUAUAUGGACCCAACAUAUGUCAAGACUGGAAGUGUGUCCCACAAGUCCGAUAUGUUUUCCUUUGGCGUGGUAUUAAUUGAAGUACUUUGUGGCAAGGUAACAGAAGCUGUAAACGAGGGUGAGGACUAUCUAUAUGAAUUGGCCAAAUCACAUAUUGAAAAUGGAAGACUAUAUGAUAUGGUGAAUCCGGGUCUAUGGAAACAAAUGGACCCACAAUCAUUCAAAAUCUUUUCAGAAAUAGCGUAUUGUUGCUUGAAGGCAGAACCAUCAGAACGACCAAGUAUAGAUCAGAUUCUCAUACAACUUGAGAAAGCACUGGAAUCUCAACAGGAACAAGAAAAUCAUCAAGAAAAGAUUGAAGGCGCAACAUCCAAGAGCUUGAAGGUAAUCGAUCUGUUUUGGGAUGAGGCAAUUGUGGUCAAUAUCAUAUCAAAACUAAGUCUACUCAGUUUGGGAAAAAGGGUUAGCUUGAUUUGAUUCCUUAUAUGGAAAUAGGAAUAACUAAAAGGGAAAAUUAUUAAUCUAACCAAAUUGACUUAUCACUAUUUAACUAAAAAUUAGGAUUUGUCCCAAACUAGCCUUCGAAACCAUAGAUAGUUAGAAUGGUCUAUUGUUUCACCCAUUUACCUACUGUUUUGAUUUUUGUAUAUAAAGAAUUUUUUUUUUUUUUUUUUUCAUUUUUCACUACGAAACCGU